UUAGCCUUACGGUAAAGAGGUGAGUGAGUGAGAUUGUGCUGCGCCACGUUUGCAAUAUGGCCCCCAAUACGAAUCUAGCAGCAACCGUGUACGGACCGAAUGAUUUGCGGUUGGAGGAGCGACCGAUACCGGAGCCGGCCUUUAACGAGGUUGUCGUCGAGGUGGACAGCUGUGGCAUCUGUGGAACGGACAUUCAUUUCCUCAAGGAUGGUGGAUUCGGUGCGCAGCGAUUGAUCAAACCGAUCGUACUCGGGCACGAGUCGGCCGGGGUGGUGCGAAAGGUGGGCAGCUCGGUGACCCAUCUGAAGGUGGGCGAUCGUGUUGCGAUCGAACCGGCGGCCGGUUGCAGGACCUGCGAUCUGUGCAAGGUUGGCAAGUACAACAUCUGUCUGGAUGGGAAGCACUGUACAACCCAGAAGCACGAUGGCAACUGCUCCAACUACUAUGCGCAGUACGCGGACUGUUGCUUCAAGAUGCCGGAUCAUAUGACGAUGGAAGAGGGCGCCCUGUUGGAACCGUUGGCCGUGGCCGUGUACGCUGGUCGCCGGGCACAGAUAACGCUCGGUAGCAAGGUGGUCAUCUUCGGCGCUGGUCCGAUCGGACUGGUGUGUUUGAUCGCGGCCAGAGCGAUGGGGGCGACUCGGACGGUGAUUCUCGAUCUGGAGCAUGCCAAGCACCGGCUGGAGGUGGCCAAGAAACUGGGCGUGACCGGUGUGAUCGGCAUUCGCAAGGAAGAUACCGAAGAUGAGCUGGUGCAGAAGAUACACGAGGUGCUCGGUGGUCCGGCCGAUCGGGUGUUGGAGUGCAGUGGCUCUCAACCUGGCAUGCGUAUCGCCAUCCGGGCAACGCGUAACGCGGGCCGUAUCUGUCUGGUGGGGUUGGGCAACAAGGACGUGCAGCUACCGAUGGUGGAUGCGAUAUCGCGCGAAAUCGAAAUUACCACCGCCAUGCGGUACAAUCAUGACUAUCCCGCCGCCCUCGAGAUUGUGGCCAGUGGGUACGUCGACGUGAAGCCGUUGGUUUCGCACCAUUUCGAUUUAAAGGACGUUCACGAAGCGUUCCGCGUGGCAUCGGCUGGCGAGGGCAUUAAGAUUAUGAUCCAUCUUACGCCACGUGAUACCAACAAUCCGGUAAAGUUCUCAAACUGAUUGCAACGAAUGCGAUUGAAAUAAAAACGAGCCCUGUUUGAAAA